AACAGAAGAAGAAGAGCAGAGUGUGCAUACUAUCCACCCUAAAUAGUAUUGAAUAUUACUAAUGUCAUACAUUAUUUAGAAUGCACAUUGAGACGCAGGCCAGGACUUUUAUUUUGUCUUCCAGUAUGACGUCAUACGGCUGCGCGCGCGAUCCUGCAUAUGUUAUGAUUUCGGGUGAAGAAAGGACAAACACACAGAAAAACUCCUGGUGAAGCGACUGAGAUCCACGUGACACUAUUAUAAAGAUGGCGGUUAUUAAACAGGAAAGUGAAGACAUCAAGAUUGAAGAAGUGUUCAGUCUGAAACAAGAAGAUACUGAGGAACAAAUAGACCUGAUGGCACUGAAAGAGGAGACUGGAGAAAAAUCUUCUCAGUUGCUCACAGACUGAAAAGACUUCCUCACAAAAAAGAGCUCAAAAGACUGGGUCUAGGAGUCACUUCAACUGCCAACAGUGUGGAAAGAGUUUCAAUAAAAAAGGAAACCUUAACGUCCACAUAAGAGUUCACACUGGAGAGAAGCCUUACACCUGCCAACAGUGUGGAAAGAGUUUCAAUAGGAAAGGAAGCUUUAACAGGCACAUGAAAAUACACACUGGACAGAAGCCUUACAAUUGCCCUCAGUGUGGAAAGAGUUUCAGUCAAAAAGGACACUUUAAUAUCCACUUGAAAACUCACUCUAGAAAAAAAUCGUCGAGUUGUGCACAGACUGAAAAUACUUCCUCACAAAAAGGAGCUCAAAAGACUGGGUCUAGGAGUCACUUCACCUGCCAACAGUGUGGAAAGAGUUUCAGUAAAAAAGGAAACCUUAACGACCACAUAAGAGUUCACACUGGAGAGAAGCCUCACACCUGCCGACAGUGUGGAAAGAGUUUCAGUAGGAGAGGAAGCUUUAACACGCACAUAAAAAUUCACGCCAAACAGAAGCCUUACACAUGCCCUCAGUGUGGAAAGAGUUUCCGUCAAAAAGAACACCUUAAAAUCCACUUCAGAAUUCACUCUGGAGAGAAACCCUACUCCUGCAAACAAUGUGGAAAAAGUUUUAUCCAAAGAGUACUCCUUCAAGGGCACUUGAGAACUCACACUGGAGAGAAGCCUUAUACACACCCUCAGCGUGGAAAGGCUAUUGUUCAAGACGGGAAAUUAAAAGUCCACAAGAGAGUUCACACUGGAGAGAGCCCUUUCAUCUGCCAGCAGUGUGGAAAAAGAUUUGCUCAAAGAACAAGCCUGAACAGGCACAUGAGAAUUCACACCGGAGAGAAGCCUUACAAGUGCACUCAGUGUGAAAAGAGUUUCAGUCAGAAAGGACACCUUAUACUCCACUUGAGAAUUCACACCGGAGAGAGACCCUAUAAGUGCGUUCAAUGUGGAAAGAGAUUCAGUCAAAUAGGACACUUUAAAUACCACAUGAGAAUUCACACUGGAGAAAAGCCCUUUAGCUGUAAACAGUGUGGAAAAAGUUUCAGCCAUCAAGGAACCCUUAACAGGCACAUGAGUGUCCACACUGGAGAGAAGCCUUACACCUGCCAACAGUGUGGAAAGAGUUUCAAUAGGAAAGCAAGCCUGAACAGGCACAUGAGAAUUCACACCGGAGAGAAGCCUUACAAGUGCACUCAGUGUGAAAAGAGUUUCAGUCAGAAAGGACACCUUAUACUCCACUUGAGAAUUCACACCGGAGAGAGACCCUAUAAGUGCGUUCAAUGUGGAAAGAGAUUCAGUCAAAUAGGACACUUUAAAUACCACAUGAGAAUUCAUACUGGAGAAAAGCCCUUUAGCUGUAAACAGUGUGGAAAAAGUUUCAGCCAUCAAGGAACCCUUAACAGGCACAUGAGUGUCCACACUGGAGAGAAGCCUUACACCUGCCAACAGUGUGGAAAGAGUUUCAAUAGGAAAGAAAGCUUUGACAGACACAUACAAAUUCACACCGAACAGAAGCCUUACAAUUGCCAACAGUGUGGAAAGAGUUUCAGUCAAAAGGAAUACCUUAAAGUCCACUUGAGAAUUCACUCUGGAGUGAAACCCUUUAGCUGCAAACAAUGUGGAAAAAGUUUCAUCCAUAAAGCAGCCCUUCACAGGCACAUGAGAGUCCACACUGGAGAGAAGCCAUUUAAAUGUUGUCACUGUGAAAAGACUUUCAGAAGUAAAGUAACCCUUAAGUACCACGUGAAGAUUCAUGUAUGAAAGAGCUCUUAUGUCAUCAGUGUGGAAUGAGUUUCACUGACAGAAUUCACCUUAUGAAUAAUGUAAUAACUCACUCCAGAAAGAAGGCUUUCAUGUGCCAUUAUUGUGGAAAAACUUGCAGAAAUAAAGGAACCUUGAGCUUCACAGAAGCA